AUGAGCAGCACAGAGGAAGUCCUGGCUGGGCAAGCCGCUGCUGCGGAGUCGGCUGCUGCAGAGCCAGCGGCUGCUGACUCGGUCGUGACAGACGCAGACGUCGACCCAACGGGCGCCGAUCUGGCGACAGGCGGCGGCGCUCCGAGUCGCGGGGACGGAAUGCGCGGGCUAAAGCGUUGGUACCGAUCUUUUUCACGGCGUCUCGAGAACCACGCGGAGGAGCGUGCCGCGAGCCGCACCGAUUUUGAGGACCAAGAGAGCACCAGGUCCUUGUACUUUGCCAAUAGAGACCAAGAUUCGUUCAAGCAAAGGGUCCUGGAUGCCCUCGAUACCCUCCAAGCAAAAUGGUCGUGCUUCACGGAGGAGCUGCGUGCGAAACUCAGCAGGAAGUCCUCUGAAAUGGCGCCGGUGGGAAAUCAGUUUUUGAUUGGCGAGGAAAGCAGCACCAGGAAGACCUGGAUCAAGAGGCAUUGGAGAUUGCUGACAGCGUCCCUGUUGAUUGCCACGUUGAUCAUUGGUAUUGGGUUAAGCGUCAUACUUUGUAUAGUUGUUCCAAAUCAGAUCGAGAAAAUAGUCAAUUCGGCUGAAUUGAUUCCAGAAUCUACGGAUAUUGGAAAAGUCACAGGAACAGGUUUUAAUCUAAAGGUCCAGGGGAGAUUAUUGAGCCCAGCAGCGGUUACUGCCCGGAUAACUAACAAUAAACCACUGACUGUAUAUUAUGUCGAUCGACCAUAUUUUGAUGCGCGCCGCACACGUGUGCUGUUGCGCAACAAUGACCAGAGAGUGCUGCAGGAUUUAGCUGGAACGUCGGCAAACGGAGGAAUGGACGAGGAUGAAGCGGCGCCAGACGAAGGUGAACCAGAUGGAGGCGAGAUGAAGGCCAAAGUUUCUAGAGAUGGGAGCCUGGUGAAUAUUGGAGCCUUGCUGCUGGAUGAGAGUUCAGUAGAUGGUUCGUCGCGGACAAAAUACGUCGCGUCAGGAGUCAUGACCGUGGAGAACGACAGCGAGUUUUUCAGGAUUAUUCGAGCUACCAUUAAUGGUAUCGGUACGAAAUGGUUUUUGGAGGGUUUAGUUGACGUGCAUGUUGCAGGAUUGAAGUUUGGAAAUAUCCCCUUCCACCGAUACUUCGAGCUUUCCAUCGUCGAGCCGUCGCCGACGACGGUGGAAGGUUUGCCAUCGGAUUUGGAAAACUCGUCGUACAGUUCCAGCGGGUCAACGACCUCCUCGGCAGGGACGGCCUCUGAAGCGGUACCGCCGGCCGGAACGCUCGGUGCGCAGGCUGCUGGAGACGCCUCUGCUGGCGUGCCACCUCAGACUGCCGUGGGAGGUCUUUUGAGUCCGGAGAACGUUAUUAUUGACAAAAUUAGUCUGUUGGAGAAGUCUAGUUCUUCGGUUCAUCUACCCCUACUUGUGGAGGGUAACGUCAUGAACAAGGGUAAUAUUUCAAUAGAUAGUUUAGGAUCGGUCGUAAUGCAGAUAAGAUCGAACAAUGUAACAAUCGGAGAAGUGGAAACGCCCAACUUGGGUUUCAUGAAGAGUCUCAAUCCAUUCCGCUUCAGAGGCAAGCUGAUCAACAGCCCCGAAUUACAACGGGUCUUUGCCAGAUUCCUUGACCCGAACCAGGAGGGGGAUAUUUGGUCCUCUCCAAGACAACUUUCGACAUCGGUGGAUGGACCUUCGGGGGGUGGACCGCAAGUAGUCGACGAGGAUCUAGUCGAGGGACGACAGCUACAGGAGAGAUCUGGUGGCACUGUAAACAUCUCGCUGCUCCCGAAAGACGACUUAAUACUGAGUGCGGCCUUGGCAGGAAUUGACAUGGACUUCCCGCUCCCAAAUGUCACAUUGGAAUCCGGUUUGGUGAGCCACCUUUAUGUUGAGUCUACUGGCCUUAGCGAUACUAUAACCACUUCGCUCAUGAAGAUGGAUAGCUACAACAGGAUAGUUUUGGACAAUGGGGAAUACUCCAGACAAGGGUUCCCGGCGUGGCCCAGCGAUUUGGUACUAAUGACUCCAAGCAGAGAAACACGCAGGGCGCUCCAUGGCGAGCGCCGUCGGUUCCGCAGACUGCUAAAAGAGAAGGGGUCCACACGCAAAGAAAUCAAAAGGGCCCUAAGAGUGUCUCAGCCGGGAUGGGAGGCUGCAUACUACGGGGGAAGGGAUGAUGCGGGUGAGGAUGGACAGUAUCCCAUGGAACAGAGUGACGAGGAUGACGUAAUUGAAGCUGGAUCUCAUGACCUUAGGUCCAAUGAUCCGAGACCGGAUUUGACAUCGAAUGAUCGGCAUUAUCACCGAGAGUUUAUCGAAAUCGGAUAUGCUCAUCCGAGGUUCGAUGAACGUGAUUCGAAAAAAAUGGUCUUCGGGGACGACCAACAGGUAGCAAACGGAAUUCCGUUUCCUGGUUAUCAGCUUCCCCAUUUGACCGGUUGGACACAUAACACCUACGAGUACGACGCCGGUGCAACGGACUGGGAUAGCUACCAAGACAAACGGGAACCCUCUUCAGCGUACCACGGCUUGUGGGUUCCCGCGCAAAGAUUACCUGGAGCAGGAGACAGCAAGGCGUGGGAACCCGGAUACGGGUCCGACAUAAAUGCUGGGCGCGCUGUAUCUGCGACUUGGUCGAAGCCACUAGCAGACAUUCACCACUCGCGUUCAGCCCAUGCUGGAGGUCUACCCCAAAAGGGGGAUUUAUACCAGAAAGGGGGUUUACCUCGAGUCGGAAGGUUGCCUGCUACCCUUUAUGAAUACGGGGGAGGCGGCGCUCCUUCGGUCUUUUAUGAAGACGAUGCCGCAUCGGUGCAGCGUUAUCCUCCGUCGUCUGGCGAUGAGAUGUUCUUCUCUGAGGAAACUGGUGCCAGCUACUACGCACGGGGGCGGGACCGAAGACUGGUUUCGCCGUCUGCUGUCGGUGGCAGGCGUCAGCUACAGGCGGACCCCUUGAGCAACAUAAUGGGGAGCGUGUUGAGGGCAGUGACCUCUACCUUAUCGGACCUCCAAAGUGCCAGUAAUAGUUUUAGUUCGUUGAGCGGCAGUUCGCCAGCUGCGGAUAAUUCCUCCGGUGCCGAUAGUUCCCCAGCCAGUGGUGCUUCCUUAGGCGGUGAUUCCUUUGGCGGUGGUUCCUCUAGCGGUGGUUCCUCAAGCGGUGGUUCCUUAAGCGGUGGUUCCUCAAACGGUGGUUCUUCAAACGGUGGUUCCUCAAACGGUGGUUCCUCCAGUGGUGAUGAGUCGUGGAUUGAGGAGCCCAGUUCCCUGCGGGAUUCUGUGCCAGUGCCGUCGAAUGGCCAGACUGCCCGUCCAGCUUGGCAAUUGCUUUCCGAGGUAGGCCGCGCAGUGGGAUCGAACAUACUCAUGGCCGUGCGCGAGGCGUCUAAUCAGGGUCUUCGUGCUGCUGGCGACGUGGCGGACACAGUGGCGGGUUUGUCACAAGGAAGCAGCUCAGCGUCGUAUUCCGGAGGUGCUUCCCUGUCCCCGAUCGGGAUUAUUCAGUGGAAAGAGCCUCUGGCGUCGGUGCUGGAUCGGGUAGCGGUUUCGCUGGGUUCCACAUUGCCCAUAACAGGCACGCUGGUCGCCGGGUUUUGGACUCCGUUCGCGGAGACGGAUUUGGUGGACGCGGACAUUACCUCGAACUUGACUUUUGUUCUCGGUGCGCGUGAAUUCUCAGGAUUUGGAAUGACCGCGACGGCCACGGCCGGGCGCAUCGAGAGCGGCAGCGACACCUACAACUGCGAGAAGGCGCUGUCGGCUACGACCAAAAAUUCCUCUUCAUCGGGGGACCCUGUCGCCCACACAUUUGCCAACGAAGAGCACGUCCAGAAAGGGGUGCUGGAAGGGAAAAUGGUGAUGCAGCGUGUUCUGCUGGAAGCCAACUUGUCUGUGGGUGACUCAAUCACGGAACUGCUCUCUGGUCUGUUAGAACUCAAUCAAGCCUUACUGAUUAAAACUCAAGAAAUGAGUCUGGCAGCCAGGCUCCGGAUCAACAAUGAAGAAAUGACGUUGAGCGAAAAACACGUCGCCCAAACUGUACAGUUGGGCGGUGGUGCAGUCUCUAACUCCAGCGACGGCGGAAAUCGCAUAAUUGACCUGAAGUUGCGCCGGUUGUAUGUGCCUCCAAACACGCCCGAACUCACUUUGAUUGUUGAGCUGGCAGUGCUGUCUGCCUUGCCCACAGAGAUCAAGAUAGAGUCUCCGAUAUACUUGGAUUGGAUGUCCCAGGACCUAGUUGGAGGACCAGUAACAAUUCCUCGCGUUCAAGUUAGAAAGGGGUCUAACAGCAUUAUCGCCUACGUAGGCUUCUACAAGGACCGGCUGGCAUCAUUACUACUGCCCAUGGCCUUGCAGGUUUACAGAUCGCAGACGCUCCCCAUUUGCAUCACGGCCCGUUCGAACACGAGUGACGAAGAAACGCAAGUCCAACGCAAAACAAGCUCGCUGUUCUCCGAAGCAGUAAACACCGUUGUCGACAACCUUCAGUCCUAUUGUAUCGACGUCACUCUUGGAGCCCAGGAGACCAAACUCAUGGGCGAAGUCGUCAUCCCUUUCGUGUCCCAGUUGACAAAAACGGUGCACAUCUAA